AUGGACCCGCUCAGUCUUACCACUGGAAUCAUCAGUCUCUUGGUGAUUAGUAACAAAGUCACCCAGUACAUCAGCAAUCUCAAAGAUGCCUCAGAACAGCGCCAGAAAAUCCUAAACGAGCUUCUGCUCAUGACAGGCUGCCUGACUAUCCUGAAGGUAAACGCGGAAAAGAUGGAACUGCUCCCACAAGCGUUCCUGUCUCUAUGCGGCGAGGAUGGCAUCCUCUAUCAAUUAAAGGAUUGUCUCCAGACCCUGUGGGAUCGGCUGCAACCUGGUGUCGGUUUUAGAAGGUUCACCCGGAGGGUUCGAUGGCCGUUCCGUAAGGAUGAGGUGGAUGAUUUGUUGAGGACAAUGGAGAGGUACAAGACUAUUCUCGUUCUUGUACUUCAGAGCGACAAUGCUUCUCUAUCAACUGCAAUCCAGGAGAAUGUGACAACCUUGCGGGAAGAGCAGGAAAGACGCCGACAGAGUCAACAGACCCUUGAGAUCCUUAACUGGCUGUCGCCAUUGAAAAGUAUCGGUACUCACUCGGAUAUCUUCAGUCGAUAUCAUGACGGGACCCUGAGCUGGAUUCAAAAAGAUGAACGCUACAAGGCUUGGUUGGACGGCUCCUCAAACUCUGUCUGGUGUUUUGGAAUACCUGGGGCCGGGAAAACCAUUCUCGCGUCUGUGAUAAUUAACGACGUGAGCAAGAAAUUUCCAUCCCACGGGUUGGCGUAUCUUUACUGCAACCACAAAGACACAGACACUCAAAAUUUGGUCAAUCUCCUAGGAAGUCUCUUGCAACAGUUGAUUCUUAAACUAGGAACUGCACCACAAGAGGUGCGCUCCGCAUGCGAGCUACACAGUAGAGAGAUGUCGAGGCCCACGGCGAGCGAAUAUCUGCUUCUUUUGCAGUCUCUGACAUCUAGAUUUCCCGGAACAUUCAUAGUAAUUGAUGCCCUGGACGAGCUGUCUCCAUCAGAGUCAACGAGUCAGCUGCUCAUCACGAUGUUACAAUCGCUUCAGCCAUCAACCAGGCUGCUGGUCACCUCGCGACCGAUCCCAAGUACGAGUCGCAACUUGAGCGAUUUCGCCAAAAUCGAGAUCGUUGCGCAGCGGCAGGAUAUUGCCCGGUAUGUCAAAGGCUUCAUGGCGCAGAACGCCCGGUUGACGCAGAUCCUGGCGGAUGACUUGGAGAUGAGGGAUGAUCUUGCUGAAAAGGUUGUCAACAACACGCAGGGAAUGUUCCUAAUUGCGAAAUUGCAAAUGGAGGCAUUGGCCCAGAAGUCAAACCGAAAGGCCAUCCGACUAGCUGCAUCUACGCUGCCUUCUACAAUCUCAGACAACUACCGCGAGGCCAUAGAACGAAUUCUGUCGCAAGAUGCUGAAGAUGCGAAGCUUGCGCGUGAAAUCUUGUCCUGGGUAGUCUGUGCCGUUCGGCCGUUGACCGUAUCAGAACUACAGCAAGCGCUGGCCGUUGAGCCAGGGAAAACUUCCCUCGAUGAAGAAGCUGUGAUAGAUCAAGAUAUUCUAAUAUCUGUGUGUGCAGGUCUCUUGGAACUUGAAGAAGAAAAGGGGACUGUACGGCUAGUGCAUAAGACAGCACAGGAGUACAUUGAUCGAAUGCGCGAGGAAUACUUCCCGGAUGCUCAGCAGAAGAUCCAGAAGACCUGCCUUGAAUAUCUUUCCAUGGAGGAAUUCAUCCAUCUGUGUCAGUCAGAUGAAGAAUUCGAGGCAAGGCUGCAGCAGUACCCAUUACUUGAUUACGCUUCAAACCACUGGCCAUCCCAUUUUUCUCCUACAGGGAUCAACGGAGAAAUCCGAGGUCUGAUCCUGUCUUUAUUGACAGACGAGGCACGUGUCAGGUCUAUCGGACAAGUCCUCCUGGCUCCAACGUACAGACACCACAAUUACAGCCAAUCAACACCUCGCACUCUCACCGGAAUCCAUCUACUAGCAUACCUAGGUGCUACGGAGCCCCUGUCCCUCCUCAAGAGCCAGCUCCCCAAUAUAAUAGACUCCAAGACCGACCGGGGCCGCACCGCAAUCUCAUACGCCGCAGAGAGAGGCCACCACCUCUUCAUCCAAGAACUCCUCCGCCUCAGCACCGUCCCCUUCGACCUCAAUUCCAGAGACGCCGUCUAUGGCAGAACCCCGUUAUCCUGGGCUGCGGGCGAAGGCCAAAGCGCUGCCGCCGAAGUCCUCAUCCGCGCAGGAGCAGACAUAGAAUGCGAAGAUACCGACUACGGCCGCAGCGCUCUCAACUGGGCCGCCGGCCUUGGCCACCUAGAUACGGUCAGAGUGCUCAUCCGGCACGGCGCUGAGGUUGACGCGUCCUCAUGGUACGGCCGGACAUCGCUCUCGAGAGCAGCAAGCAGAGGGCAUCUCGAGCUUGUCCGAGUCCUGAUAGAAGAAUUCGGCGCGAGUCCACACAUCCAGGAUACGAAGUACCCGUAUAUCCCACCCUCGUGGUCAUCUUGGGACUCGAAGGACCACGAUCAGCGUCCAACGCAGGAUAAGUUGAUCGAUGCGGACUCUAAGGCUUUCGAUGGUGGGCGCCCGCCGCUAUCAUGGGCGGCUUGGGGCGGCGACACGGCUGUGAUCAGCCUAUUGCUUUUCCAUGGCGGGGACGUCAACUUGCGAUCGGAGAACGGGCUUACUCCCUUAUCCCUCGCGGCGGGCAAGGGACACGUUGAUGCCGUCCGGCUGCUCCUAGAGCAUGGCUCGCCGAUCAAUGUGCCCUGUAACUGGGGUCGAACUCCGCUUAUACGAGCAGUGAUCAACGGGCAUAUUGACGUCGUCGAGGUCCUGCGUGGGCAUGGUGCCGAUACCGAGAUCCAGUGCAUGGAUGGGAGGACGGCCCUGUGGUAUGCUGAAGACCGUGGCUUUGCGGAAAUUGUCCAGAUCCUACGGGUGGCGAAGGAAGAUGCUUCUUGGGUUAAAGCGGAAGCAGUAGAAAUAACAGUGACAGAGACGUGA